AAUAGAUGAGAGAGACUAGAGACGGAGUGAGGGUUGACAUGUUUUCAAGUUCUGCAUCUGCUGACUCUGAUCUGCUUGUUCUUGACAUAGAUGAUUUCAAGGGGGAGUUCUCCUUUGAUGGCUUGUUUGGUAACUUGGUGAAUGAGAUAUUACCUUCUUAUCAAGAAGAAGAAUCAGACGCAGCUGAAGGCCAUGAUGCUCUACCAAAUGGGAAUUUGCGGACACCACCAGAUGCGGGAAAGUCAGCACAAGGAAUGUCAAGUCCGUUAUUCCUGAAGUUGAUGAUUUAUUAUCUUUAUUUAAGAAUUCGUGUAAACAACUGGUUGAUCUCAGAAAACAGAUUGAUGGGAAACUUAACAAUCUUAAGAAGGAAGUUGCUGUCCAAGAUACAACGCACCACAAGACACUUUCUGAGCUGGAAAAAGGUGUAGACGGCUUGUUUGAUAGCUUUGCACGGUUGGAUUUGCGUAUAUCUAGUGUGGGUCAAACAGCUGCCAAAAUAGGAGAUCAUCUACAGAGUGCAGAUGCUCAGAGAGAAGUUGCUAGU